AUGCUAGAUUGCCGCGAAACGCGGCCCCUAGCGACCGCCGAGGUUCUUGAUGAACUGGCUUGGCGCCUCGAAGAAGCGGUCGCCGUGCCGCCUCAGAAGCUGCCCGCUAACGUAGUCUCGAUGAACUCGGUUGUUAGGCUCGUCGAUGACAGCGCUAGCCGAGAGCUGGUUUGCACCGUUGUCUACCCGGCGGAAAUGGACCUCGUCGAUAAGGGAGUUUCGGUGCUUGGACCAAUCGGAGCCGCGCUCGUCGGCAACGAGGUCGGCGACUUGGUAGAAUGGUGGGACGGCGAAAACCCUGGCCGGUGGCGCAUCGCCGAGAUUGUUCGUCAGCCCGAGCAGGAUGGCGAUUUCUACCGAUAA